UGCCAGUGCUCGCGAGGCCGCGCCAGGGAUUGGCAAAGCGGCACCAUUAAUUACAGCUCGGCACCGCUGCCAGCCUGCCGGCUCCAGGAGAGGCUGUGGCAGCACGCCGGGGAGCCAGAGGGAGAAGGGAGACGUGGAAUCAUGGAAGGGAGGGGAAACGUGGUGCUGGACACCAGGGGAAUCGUGCCAGGGUGGCUGGAAGCUGCCGGGAUGUCGCUGUCCCUGCUGGGUGUCUGCGUGUGCACACGCGUGUGCAAGCAUGUGCCAUGCAGGAAUCCGUGUUUUCGGGAUGGAGGCUGGGAUUGCAGUGGAGUUUUUCCCAGGAAUGGUGUUAAUCUGUUGGUGGAGGGGCUGGGAAGGCCCAGGACACCCCAGCUCAGUGCUGGGGGUCCCCUUUGGAGCAGCUUUGGAGUUCCCGCAUGCCUUUGAAUUGCCGGGGAAGAUCCUGGGAAUUGGAGGGUCGUGGGUUCUCGCGGUGGGAAUUGCUCGUUAGGGCUCUGUGCUUGUCGCUGUCACCUCCGGGUGGGCAGGGAUGGGAUCCCACAGGAUGGAGCCUCACGGCUGUGCCAGGAGCCAGCCUGUUCCUUUUGGUGGGGAAACGAGGCUGUUGCUUGGUGGAUCAACCCCCAGGACUCCCCAGCCCUUCCUUAUUUUUAUUCCUUUAUCCCAAGCCUCGCUCAUGUUAGGAAUUCUCACGGAUCCGAUCUUUUUUUUCCCGUGGAUUUUGUAUUUUCUACAGCCUGUUAAAAGACCUGUUGGGUUAAAACCCACGUCCCUCCACCCUCAAAUCUCCUUUGCUCUGCCAUUAAUCGUUUCUCAGAUUACUGAUGCCGAGGGGUUUAGUGCCACUCAUUUAUCACUUUUUUGGGGACUGUUCGGUUGUUCCUGGCUGGAGAUGGUCACGAUCUGGCCUCCUGCCGGGCCGGGAUGAUGGAGCUGGACCGGGAUCCAGCCAAAAUCCAGGCAAAACAUCCUCAGGGAAACAACCUGUUUGUACGUCGGGAGCAGUGCCGUGCCGUGGCCAGGGAGAGCCGAGCUCCGGUCGGAUCCUGCUCUUCCCGGAGCUGUAUUCCAAGAGGGAUGCGCCGGCAGUGAUGGAGAGGGACCGCGCUCCGAGGACGUGGAGCCCGGGCUGUCGCUUCCGCCCGCCCGGCCGCUUCCCAGCUCUGUGAUGGCUCUUUAAAAGCUUUAAUUAAAGCUUUAAACCCACCCCCUUCCCUGCGCCCGGGCGGGAGCAAAGGCAGAUGGAAGGGGCUGGAGCGGGCGCCUGCGGCGGGCGAGCUUGCCAGGCUGUGCUCGCCGUGCUCCGGGUGACAUCGCCGUCCCCGGAGAGCACCAGCCACUCCCCAGCGGGGUGCGGGGGGUCCCUGGGUGGUCGCCAGCUGCCCCCAGGGACCCGGCAGAGCUGCCGGGAUGCGGUCACCGCUGCCGGGUGGUUCAUUCCGCAUGGAGCGAGGUCGUUUCGGAGGCAGUGGCGGUGAUGCCAGCGCGGCCGUGCCCUGGCACCGCGGCCAGGCUGGGCUCCCCCGAGCCGGAGAACGCAGACGGUGACGCUGCAGGGCGAGAGGUCCCCGCCGCGCUGCCGGGUGGGGGUGAUGGUGACCUCUCCUCGUGUCACCCGGGUGACUCGGCGGCCCAGAUGUUAAAUAUCUCCUCGGCCCGGCUCGCAGCUCAGUGAAAUAUUUUCACUGCAGCAGCAGCAGGAGCAGCGGCAGCUCGAGCGCUGCAGGGAGCGGGGCUGGUGCCGAGUGAGCUCUGGCCGGUUUGGUUCAGCCCCGGCCGUGGCUCGGUGCGGUGCCGGGCUCUGGGCAGCCGCAGCCCCGGCAGGUUUUGGGGCUGGGAGGAGGCUGCCCAUAUCCCAGAACACCUGGAUCAUGCGUGCCUGGAGAGGGCAAAUGCCAUAGGAUGACCGCUGCUGGUCCCCUCUUACUGGCUGUGAUAUCGUCUGUCCUGUGGCUCACGCGGGGCUUCGACCCGGCUCCCAGCGCCUGCUCCGCCCUGGCCUCCGGCGUCCUCUACGGCUCCUUCUCCCUCAAGGACCUGUUCCCCACCAUCUCCUCCGGCUGCUCCUGGACCCUGGAGAACCCCGACCCCACCAAGUACUCGCUCUACCUCCGCUUCAACCGGGAGGAGCAGGUCUGCACCCACUUCUCGCCCAUGGUGCUGCCGCUCGACCACUACCUGGCCAACUACACCUGCGACCCCCGGGGCGAGGCCAGCCCCGCGCCCGCCCGCCAGCGCCCGGAGCAGCAGCAGCAGCAGGAGGAGGAGGAGGACGAGGAAGCCGAGCUGGAGCUGUGCGAGGGCGCGGGGCCCUUCACCUUCCUGCAUUUCGACAAGAACUUCGUGCAGCUGUGCCUGGCGGCCGAGCCCGAGGCGGCCCCGCGGCUGCUGGCGCCGCAAGCCCUGGAAUUCCGCUUCGUCGAGGUGCUGCUCAUCAACAACAACAACUCCAGCCAGUUCACCUGCAGCGUGCUGUGCCGCUGGCUCGAGGAGUGCCUGCAGGCUCCCGGUGCCCGCCGCUGCGGCUUCACCCACGCCGGCUGCAGCUGCCAGGCCGAGAGCCCUCCGGCCCCUCGGCGAAACGGCACCCGGCCCCCCGCCCCUGCGCCCACCCCGGCGCCCGCGGGCCCCGACUGCUGCCCCACCGAGCUGCAUUCUGCGAAUGCCAACGAGCUCGACCUGCCCGAGGUGCCACACGGCAAUGCGGUCGAGGAGAACCAGAAGGUGAAGACCCAGUGGCCACGGUCAGCAGAUGAACCCGGGGUCUACAUGGCCCAGACAGGGGACCCGGCGGCGGAGGAGUGGUCUCAGUGGAGCGUGUGCUCCCUGACGUGCGGCCAGGGCUCCCAGGUGCGGACGCGCUCCUGCGUCUCCUCUCCCUACGGGACGCUGUGCAGCGGGCUGCUCCGGGAGACCCGCACCUGCAACAACACCGCCACCUGCCCAGUUCCCGGCGCGUGGGAGGAGUGGUCCCCGUGGAGCCUGUGCUCGGUGACCUGCGGGCGAGGGGCCAGGACCAGGACGCGGCGCUGCGUGGCCUCGUGGCGCGGAGGGAAGGCCUGCGAGGGCCCCGAGCUGCAGGCCAAGCCCUGCAAUAUCGCGAUCUGCCCGGUGGAAGGGCAGUGGCUGGAGUGGGGCGCCUGGAGCCGCUGCUCCGUCACCUGCGCCAACGGCACCCAGCAGCGGACGCGCAAGUGCAGCGUCUCGGCCCACGGCUGGGCCGAGUGCCGGGGGGCCCACGCCGACGCCCGGGAGUGCUCCAACCCCACCUGUCCCACAGACAGCAAGUGGGGUCCUUGGAACCACUGGAGCCUCUGCUCCAAGACCUGCGACACCGGCUGGCAGCGGCGCUUCCGCAUGUGCGAGGGCACGGGCAUGCAGGGCUACCCCUGCGAGGGCACCGGCGAGGAGGUGAAGACCUGCAAUGAGAAGAAGUGCCCAGCCUACCACGAGAUGUGCAAGGACGAGUACGGGAUGCUGCUGACCUGGAAGAAGACGGCUGCCGGGGAGAUCAUCUACAACAAAUGUCCCCCCAAUGCCACAGGGUCUGCCAGCCGCCGGUGCCUGCUGAGCCCCCAUGGGGUCGCCUAUUGGGGUGUGCCCAGCUUCGCCCGCUGCGUCUCCCAUGAGUACAGAUAUUUGCAUCUCUCACUGCGGGAGCACCUGGCGAAGGGCCAGCGGGUGCUGGCAGGGGAGGGCAUGUCCCAGGUGGUGCGGAGCCUACUGGAGCUCAUGGCCCGCAAGACCUACUACAGCGGGGACCUGCUCUUCUCCGUGGAGAUCCUGCGCAACGUCACCGACACCUUCAAGAGGGCCACCUACAUCCCGUCCUCCGAGGACGUGCAGCGCUUCUUCCAGGUGGUGAGCUACAUGGUGGACGCGGAGAACCGCGAUAAGUGGGAGGAUGCCCAGCAGGUCUCUCCUGGCUCCGUGCACUUGAUGAAGGUGGUGGAGGACUUCAUCCACCUGGUCGGGAAUGCGCUGAAGGCUUUCCAGAGCUCCCUCAUCGUCACGGACAACCUGGUGACCAGCAUCCAGCGGGAGCCCGUGUCCGCUGUGUCCAGCGACAUCAACUUCCCCAUGAAGGGCCGGCGGGGGAUGAAGGACUGGGCCCGCAGCUCCGAGGACAAGCUCUUCAUCCCCAGGGAGGUGCUGAGCCUCGCCUCGGCCGAAGCGGAGGAGUCGUCGCACUUUGUCAUCGGGGCAGUGCUGUACCGCACGCUGGGGCUCAUCCUGCCCCCGCCCAGGAGCCCCCUGGCCGUCACCUCCAAGGUGCUGACGGUGACGGUGCGCCCGCCGACCCGGCCCGCGGAGCCCCUCGUGCUGGUGGAGCUGUCCCACAUCAUCAACGGCACGUCCCACCCGCAGUGUGUCACCUGGGACUACUCGAGGACGGAUGCUGGCUUGGGAAACUGGGACACGGAGAGCUGCCAAACCCUGGAGACCCUCCCGGCGCACACCAAAUGCCAGUGCCGCCAGCUCGCCACCUUCGCCGUCCUCGCCCAGCUGCCCAGAGACCUGGCCAUGGACCCCUCGGGGACGCCGUCGGUGCCACUGAUGAUCGGCUGCGCCGUGUCCUGCAUGGCCCUGCUGACCCUGCUGGUGAUCUACGCGGCCUUCUGGAGGUUCAUCAAGUCGGAGCGCUCCAUCAUCCUGCUCAACUUCUGCGUCUCCAUCCUGGCUUCCAACAUCCUCAUCCUCGUGGGCCAGUCCCAGAUGCUCAGCAAGGGUGUGUGCACCAUGACCGCCGCCUUCCUCCACUUCUUCUUCCUCUCGUCCUUCUGCUGGGUGCUGACCGAGGCCUGGCAGUCCUACCUGGCGGUGAUCGGCCGGAUCCGGACACGCCUGGUCAGGAAGCGCUUCCUGUGCUUGGGAUGGGGCUUGCCAGCCCUCGUGGUCGCUGUCUCUGUCGGCUUCACUCGGACCAAAGGCUAUGGGACAGCGAGCUACUGCUGGCUCUCUCUGGAGGGCGGUUUGCUCUACGCCUUCGUGGGACCUGCUGCUGUCAUCGUGCUGGUGAACAUGCUGGUGGGCAUCAUCGUCUUCAACAAGCUCAUGUCCCGCGACGGCAUUUCAGAUAAGUCCAAAAAGCAGCGAGCUGGCUCCAAGCCCCCCCCGUGCGGCAGCCUGCUGCUGAAAUGCACCAAGUGCGGCGUGGUGUCCAGCGCGGCCAUGACCUCCGCCACCGCCAGCAGUGCCAUGGCAUCGCUGUGGAGCUCCUGCGUGGUCCUGCCUCUGCUGGCGCUGACCUGGAUGUCGGCCGUGCUCGCCAUGACCGACCGGCGCUCCAUCCUCUUCCAGGUCCUCUUCGCCGUCUUCAACUCCGUCCAGGGCUUCGUCAUCAUCACCGUGCACGGGUUCCUGCGCCGAGAGGUCCAGGACGUGGUGAAGUGUCAGAUGGGGGGGUGCAGGAGCGAGGAGAAUGAAAACUCGCCCGACUCCUGCAAGAACGGGCAGGUGCAGAUCCUGACAGAUUUUGAAAAGGACGUUGACCUGGCGUGUCAGACAGUGCUGUUCAAAGAGGUGAACACCUGCAACCCCGCCACCAUCACGGGCACCUUGUCCCGCAUCUCCCUGGACGGGGACGAAGACCCCAAGCUCAACACCACCUCGGAGGGAGGCCUGGGCUUCUCCAGCCUGCCCGGGAACAUCCCCCCCGCCAGCAUCCUGGUGCAGGUGCCCAAGAUGACGCCCAACGUGGUGGCGGGUCUGACCGAGCUGGGCGAGCCGCCGGCGCAGCAGCUCGGCCUGGAGGCGCCGGGUCCCGUUUACCUGUGCACGGAGAGCAGCCUGCGGCCCCUGGAAUACGGCUGGAUCCGGGCCCCCGAGCCCCCCCGCGAGAGCGACUACAUGAUGCUGCCCCGCCGCACCGGCAGCCUCAAGCCCUUCCCCCGGGACGAGGGGACGCUCGGUCCCGGCGCAGAGGAGGCGGUGCCCGGCGGGACGGGGCGCCCGGCGGCCGAAGGGGAUGCUUACCCUGGUUUUGUGGCCGUGGAUCACGUCAACGUGAACCUGAACCAGCCCUACGCGACGGUGAAGGCUCCCUACGGUCUCCAGUUCAAGCAGCACCCCACGGUGCGGCAGAUCCUGGCCUCGGAGCUGUCGGAACGCAGCCGCACCAUGCCCCGCACCGUGCCCGGCUCUGCCAUGAAAGUGGGGUCCCUGGAGAGGAAGAGGUUGCGGUACUCUGACCUGGACUUCGAGAAGGUGAUGCACACACGGAAACGCCACUCCGAGCUCUACCACGAGCUCAACCAGAAAUUCCACACGCUGGACCGGUACCGGGCUCCGUCCACCGGCUCCUCCAAGCGAGAAAAGCGGUGGAGCGUCUCGUCGGGAGGCGGGGACAAGAGCACGGCCAACGAUGUGACCAGCCCCGAGGAGCAGCGGCCGAAGGCUCCGGCCGCGCCGCCCAAGCCAUGGAGCACAUUCAAGGCGAUGACACUGGGCUCGCUGCCCAGCGCCCAGCGGGACCGGCUGGAGCUGUGCCGGGCAGACUGGGACAGCCCCUGCGGCGGCCUGGACGCGGCCGACGGCGACUUCCAGACGGAGGUGUGAGCCCCGCGCCCAUCGCCGCCGCCUCCGUCCCGUGCGCGGCCCCGCGAGCCGAGACGCUGGGUUUGCUCCGUGCUCCGGGGCAGCCGGGGGGUCCCUGCCCGGCCGGAGCCGCUUCCCUCCCCCCGGGAGAGCCGACUCCCACCCGUCCUCGCCUGGUUCCUCCUCCUGCCACCCCCCGGACGCGGGUGCGGAGGGGACCCGAGCCCUCCCUCCUCCCCCCACCCAAAAAUGCUCACCCACGCUCACGCCUGCACCCCCACCCCGGGGCAGGACCGGCCGUCGAGGCCCUCAGACCUUCGUUCUUUUCUACCGGGAUGUUUCUUCACGCCGUGCACCGUGUGCACGCGAGCGGCCGCUCCCUGGGACCCCCCCCCC